AUGAACAUGUCAUUGCAGGCGUUUGGAAGUCCCAGCACAGUGACACUUCCUGAAACGUUGUUGUUUGUGUCAACCCUGGAUGGGAGCUUGCAUGCUGUCAGCAAGAGGACGGGCUCGAUCAAAUGGACUUUAAAAGAAGAUCCUGUUCUGCAGGUUCCAACGCAUGUGGAAGAGCCUGCCUUCCUCCCGGAUCCCAAUGACGGCAGCCUGUAUACGCUUGGGGGCAAGAAUAAUGAAGGCCUGACGAAACUUCCCUUUACCAUCCCAGAGCUCGUACAGGCAUCCCCAUGCCGAAGUUCAGAUGGAAUUCUCUACAUGGGUAAAAAGCAGGACAUUUGGUAUGUAAUUGACCUCCUGACCGGGGAGAAGCAGCAGACUUUGUCAUCGGCCUUUGCAGACAGUCUCUGCCCGUCCACCUCUCUGCUGUAUCUCGGGCGGACAGAGUACACCAUCACCAUGUAUGACACCAAAACCCGCGAGCUCCGGUGGAAUGCCACCUACUUCGACUACGCGGCCUCCCUGCCGGAGGACGACGGGGACCACAAGAUGUCCCACUUUGUGUCCAACGGCGAUGGGCUGGUGGUGACUGUGGACAGCGAAUCUGGCGACGUCCUGUGGAUCCAAAACUAUGCUUCCCCUGUGGUGGCCUUUUAUGUCUGGCAGCGGGAGGGUCUGAGGAAGGUCAUGCACAUCAACGUCGCGGUGGAGACCCUACGCUACCUGACCUUCAUGUCUGGGGAGGUGGGCCGCAUCACCAAGUGGAAGUACCCGUUCCCCAAGGAGACGGAGGCCAAGAGCAAGCUGACGCCCACCCUGUAUGUCGGGAAGUACUCGACCAGCCUGUACGCCUCCCCCUCCAUGGUGCACGAGGGGGUCGCCGUGGUGCCCCGAGGCAGCACACUUCCUUUGCUGGAAGGCCCCCAGACUGACGGGGUCACCAUUGGGGACAAAGGAGAGUGUGUGAUCACACCCAGCACAGACCUAAAGUUUGACCCUGGUCUCAAAGGGAAGAACAAGCUCAACUACUUGAGGAACUACUGGCUUCUGAUAGGACACCAUGAAACCCCCCUGUCUGCGUCUACCAAGAUGCUGGAGAGAUUCCCCAAUAAUCUGCCCAAACAUCGGGAAAACGUGAUUCCUGCCGAUUCAGAGAAGAAGAGCUUUGAGGAGGUGAUCAACCUGGUUGAGCAGACUGCAGAAAACGCGCCCACUGCCGUGUCGCAGGAUGUGGAAGAGAAGUUCGAGCAUGCCCCUGCCAAGCCCGAGGCCCCCGUGGACUCUGUGCUCAAGGACAUAGCCACCAUCAUCCUGAGCACCUUCCUGCUCAUCGGCUGGGUGGCCUUCAUCAUCACCUACCCCUUGAGCAUGCAUCAGCAGCAGCAGCUCCAGCACCAGCAGUUCCAGAAGGAACUGGAGAAAAUCCAGCUCCUACAACAGCAGCAGCUGCCCUUCCAUCCCCCUGGAGACAGGGCUCAGGAUGCUGAGUUCCUGGACUCGUCCGGCCUGUACUCAGAGAGCUCGGGCACCAGCAGCCCCAGCACAUCCCCCAGAGCCUCCAACCACUCGCUCCAUUCCAGUGGCUCUGCCUCCAGGGCUGGCUCCAGCCCCUUCCUGGAGCAGGACGAUGAGGAUGAGGAAACCAGCAUGGUGAUCGUUGGGAAGAUCUCAUUCUGUCCCAAGGACGUGCUGGGCCAUGGGGCUGAGGGCACGAUUGUGUACCGGGGCAUGUUUGACAACCGUGACGUGGCCGUCAAGAGGAUCCUCCCCGAGUGUUUUAGUUUUGCUGACCGUGAGGUCCAGCUGCUUCGAGAAUCAGAUGAGCACCCCAAUGUGAUACGUUACUUCUGCACAGAGAGAGACCGGCAGUUCCAGUACAUUGCCAUUGAGCUGUGUGCGGCCACCCUGCAGGAGUACGUGGAGCAGAAGGACUUUGCCCACCUCGGCCUGGAGCCCAUCACCUUGCUGCAGCAGACCACCUCGGGCCUGGCGCAUCUGCACUCCCUCAACAUCGUUCACAGAGACCUGAAGCCCCACAACAUUCUCCUGUCCAUGCCCAACGCACAUGGCAGGAUCAAGGCCAUGAUCUCUGACUUCGGCCUCUGCAAGAAGCUGGCGGUGGGCAGGCACAGUUUCAGCCGCCGCUCAGGGGUGCCUGGCACAGAAGGCUGGAUCGCUCCAGAGAUGCUGAGCGAAGACUGUAAGGACAAUCCCACCUACACAGUGGACAUCUUCUCUGCGGGCUGUGUCUUUUACUACGUGAUAUCUGAGGGGAGCCACCCUUUCGGCAAGUCCCUGCAGCGGCAGGCCAACAUCCUCCUGGGCGCCUACAGCCUCGACUGCUUACACCCGGAGAAGCACGAGGACGUCAUUGCCCGGGAGUUAAUCGAGAAGAUGAUCGCAAUGGACCCUCAGAAACGCCCAUCUGCGAAGAGCGUGCUGAAGCACCCGUUCUUCUGGGGCCUGGAAAAGCAGCUCCAGUUCUUCCAGGACGUGAGUGACAGGAUAGAAAAGGAGUCCCUGGACGGCCCGAUAGUGAAGCAGCUGGAGCGAGGCGGGAGGGCUGUGGUGAAGAUGGACUGGAGAGAGAACAUCACCGUCCCCCUGCAGACCGAUCUGCGUAAAUUCAGAACCUACAAAGGUGGCUCCGUCCGAGACCUCCUCCGGGCCAUGAGAAACAAGAAGCACCACUACCGGGAGCUCCCCGCAGAGGUGCGGGAGACACUGGGCUCUCUCCCCGACGACUUUGUGCGCUACUUCACGUCACGCUUCCCCCACCUCCUCUCCCACACCUACCGGGCCAUGGAGCCCUGCAGCCACGAGAGGCUCUUCCAGCCCUACUACUUGCACGAGCCCCCAGAGCUCCGGCCCCCAGUGACUCCAGACACCCUUUGAGCCAGGGUGGCCCCCGUUCUGGUGGCCCCAGCUGUGACUGAGGGCCUGGUUUCUACAAGUCUGAGCCUAAAGCCUCCCGGCUUAGCAGGGAGACCAGGCUCCCAAACCAAGUGCCUUGAGCUGCCCGUUCUGCAGCCAGCAGAAGAUGAUGCUCCCCCAGGAAGUGGGAAACGUGACCCCCCCUUGACCUACAGGAUGCUGGGAAGCUGUCGGCCAUGAAGGCUUUUCGUUCAGGGAUCCUCUGCCAAGGAGGGCCCGUCCCAGAGGCGGUGAAAGGCCUCCUCCCCUUCUCGUGGAUGCACAUGCUUCAGACUCAAACUUUUUAAACAUCCUGUUUGAUGUCAGCCUGUAAGGAAGAGAGAGGAGGGAGCCCUACGUUUUGCCUACGUGCAGGACCAGGAGCGUCUCUCUCCGCAGCCAGCUAGGCGGAGAUGCACGUGGGCAGCCUCUGCUCGGAGCAGGGCUCCCGAGGUGAGCAGCGCCAAGGAGGAGGACGUACAGAGGGUGUCGUUCGCGGGGAUCAGAGAUGCCUCAUUCCUCCUGAAUGUGCCCGAAGCCUCCAGGCCACUAUAGCCAGUGUUCGCUGGCGCCAGCGAGUCUGAGUGUGGGGCGCAGCAUUGGGCCAGGUCAGCACCACACACUGGAAGCCGAGGCCAUGUCUGCAGAGCUCUUAGAAAUGAAGACAACACUCAGUCCUGAGUUCACUGUAACUCAGUGCCCCGGUGGCCUCUGGUGGAUUUGGGGGGAUGCUUAGGAGCAUCUGGGUGCCAGAGGUGGUAAGUUCCCUGUCACGGGAGCAGGCCAGGUGGGACCCUCUCAGCCACCCUGGGAAAAGCCCUGGGCCGGCAGUUGGGCAGUGAGGCUAGCCCGUCCCUGGAGCUGGCAGGACGGGCCAGGGGAGUGGAGCCGGGGCCAGGUCACCACAUGCUUCGUGGGCAGGUUUUUACGUUUCUCCUGGCAGAUUUUAAUCACUUUCUCUUUUGAUCAUACUGUAGAAUGAAUGCUGCAUUAGCAUAGGUAAGCCGAACUUGAAGUUUACUUGUGAAGAAGCUAAAUGCAAGAUCUGUGUAGUACGCUUUCUACUUUGUGUGGCACCAAAAGUCUCCCUCCCGUCCAGAAAGAGCGUUCACGUUCAGAACAUGCUCUGAUGCUGAAAAGUAGCACAUUAUAGCAAGGCUAUAUACAUCCAUUAAGAGCUUCGAAGUGAUAUUCUCUAAAUUAUGUCAAUAACCAUCUUUUUUGCUGAAACUAGUUUAAUUUUUAGUUUUAGUCAAAAAUUCUGUCUUUUCUCUACCGAGAGCCUUAGCAGUUAAGUGUGAUCAGGGUACGAAGUAAGGAGAUGUCUCCCGGGUCCUUUGUCCAGCCGGGUGAGUGGCUCAUCACGCUUCAUCAGUGCUGGCGAGCUCGGAGACUGCACUCAGGAGCAAGGGUACACUGACUGACCGAGACCUCACCGUUUCUUCUGUGACGUGCUUGCGGACGGUGGGUUUGUAUAAGGGCCAUCUGCCUCGUAGAAUCCAGUUCCCUUCCUUUCGUAACGCCUGAGGUCACUUCUCUUCUUAAAUUGGCAUUAUCCUGCGUCUUUAAACCUCACCAGUUACCUCAUACCGUGGAGCCCUGGUGUUACUGGCUGGCAUCGUGGUAUCUUCUGCCACGCCGCCCAGUUUUCAGGAACACAGCCAGACGCCUCUCCUCUCCCUGCUCUGAUGCACCCUCACCAUUGUCCAUACGGCUCUGUUGGCCUUCUGUCUGUCACUUUUCAGAACCUGGUCACUCAUCAGUCCCUUGGGAGGUUUGAAGAGGUCUCACGUGGGCACUUGUGAAAGUACCUUUGGCAUCAUCCACUAUAUUUUGUUCUAAUCUGUAGAAUUCUGGUUUCCUGUUGUGCUCAGCGCAAGGGGAAGGUGUCUUUUGCUAGAACAGAGUUUUUCAGCCUUAUGUAUCACGUAGCAGCUGAGCUCUUUGAUCUUUAGUAUGAUUUCCGAAAGGCUGUUUAACUUUUUAGAAGUACACUACUUUCAUUUUUUACGACAGAAUUUAGUCACAUCUGUUCGGAACCCCAAGGAUACCCUCGUUAAAUCUUGUGUUGAAUCUCAUGUCUAAUCUGUCUUCAGCGCACCUGUCAGAAUUUUUCCCGUUGCUUCUUGAGUCUUUUUUACUUCAGUGGAUAAAGAGCUCACAUGUCACUAGGUAUCAGAGCACUUGCACUUUUGGGUAAGUCACUAAAUCAUCUAGUGGCUGCCAUAAAACCCGGGGUGCGGCAGACUGUCCCUCCCCCUCCCUCUCCAUGCCAUAGUCACCCUGGGUUUCACUCUGACCCGUUAACACGUAUUAGAAGAUCCACAGGUUAGUGGGCCCAGCAAAGUAUUUUCUUUGUACCAACUUUAGAAGAAAGGUGUUUAUCUCAGAGUCAACUUUGGGUAAGGUUUUGUGUGAGUGCGAUUUGUUUACCAUUGCAGUUUUUCUCACUGCCGUGAAAGAUGAACUUGGCUGCUCAUCUGACCUCUCGCAGAUGUGGGGGGCCUCGGGGUUGUAGGCCUUUCUCCUCUCGGCCGCUCUUCAGUCUCUUCAGAAGCUGCACUCUGGCCAGGUUUGGGUGUCCCGAGACUGCUUUCAUUCUCCAGCCCUGUUCAGUGGAUCCUCAGCCCUGAGGUCCUCAUGGAAGGUAGACUGGUUCUACCUCCGCUGCCGUCUUUGCCCCGAGAGCUGGAAGAGGAAGCACGCAGCGCGCCUGUCGGGAGUCUCGAUCAAUUCUCUUUAGCUUUCUCUCUGCUCGUUGAGUUCCUGAAAUCCCUUUUCCUCGUAUACGUGUCUUUUCCUCGCUGAUGCCUUCACCAUCCUGGAGCAAUCCUUUCAGUUGAGUGUGGCCUGGCAUUGGCCUUUCCUAGAAGAAAGUUGCCAGGUGUCCCAUACAGAUGGGCCCAAAUUCUGCCUUCCGAGGUUGGACUAUUAUCUUUUAAACCAAAGUGUCUCCUUUUCCCGUACUUUGUUUCCUUUGUGAAACAGUGAUUUCCCACGAGUCGCCCAGGUUCCCGUUUCCUGUAUCAGCGCGUAAGUCCUCACCGUACUCGUUGGACAACCACAAGGAGAGCGCCUGCAGCGAGCCUGCCGCUGGAGCAGCCCUCACGCUUCCGGCCAAAGCCCCCACCCCAGCCGCCUCACCCUGUGCUCUGUGCGGGCUCGGCGGGGUACAGUAUUUCUUUCCGGCAUCCCAAAAGCUGUGACGGGGGAGUCCCCACUUACCUAGAGCAUUACCAGUCAACCCUGCGGCAUUCUCAGAUGCAGACCUUACGUGGUGUUCUCUUUGCAACGACCUAUUUAUUUAACCUAUUUAUAUUUAUUUAAUUUUUACUCUGAAGUAUACCCGGUUACAAUUGCACUUGCUUUUAAAGCACGGCAGAUUUGUUUUGGACAACACACCCCUGACUAUUUUAAAACUGGAAAAGUUAUACUGUAUCCUUCCACGGGAUGGACGCCUCACAGUAGUUUUGUCAUUAAAGGGUGAAUGAUUUGGUCAGGGUAAAAAUUUUCAUUUUUAAGUGAUUUUUUUUUUAAAGAAAAUUCCGUGCCAUUGUGUCUUCUCUGUGGACGGUUGUUUAAUGGGUCUGUGUUCAUUGUGUGAUAGAAUCCCUCCUUGUGAACCUACAAUCCUCUUUUUAGCUUUAUAUUUUAUAAACUGCCAGAUUGUACAAUUUUUAUGUGUAUUUUUAAAGCUUCAUGUGAGGGUGAUUAUCUAAGUUAAACAGCCUAUUUUUGUACCUCCUGUACAGUUUUAUAAUUCUGCUGAUCCGUGACGGCAUCCUACAUUGCGCCCACCGACAAAUAAAGGUAGUUUUAGAUCUGGAA